GGCGCUCAAUGCACCCGCUUCCCGGCGCCGGGACGGACAGGCAGAGGCCGCGGAUCGACGGGCGCCUCUCCUAGCGGGCCAUGGAGCAAACGUACGGCGAAGUGAACCAGCUGGGCGGCGUCUUUGUCAACGGGAGGCCGCUGCCCAACGCCAUCCGCUUGCGGAUCGUGGAGCUGGCGCAGCUGGGCAUCCGGCCGUGCGACAUCAGCCGGCAGUUGCGCGUCUCGCACGGCUGCGUGAGCAAGAUCUUGGCGCGCUACAACGAGACCGGCUCCAUCCUCCCCGGCGCCAUCGGCGGGAGCAAGCCCAGGGUCACCACGCCCAACGUCGUGAAGCACAUCCGAGACUACAAGCAGGGCGACCCGGGCAUCUUCGCGUGGGAGAUCCGGGACCGGCUGCUGGCGGACGGCGUCUGCGACAAGUACAACGUGCCUUCGGUGAGCUCCAUCAGCAGGAUCUUAAGGAACAAGAUCGGCAACCUUUCGCAGCCCGGAGGAGCCUACGACGCCGGCAGUGGCGGCUGCAAGCAACCUGCCCCGCAGCCCACCCUGCCCUACAAUCACAUCUAUCAGUAUCCUUACCCCGGCGCUGCGCCAUCCGCCGGCACCAAGAUGGGCAGCCACCCCGGAGCGCCCGUCUCCGCCGCCCACGUCAGCCUCCCGCGCUCUUGGCCGUCGGCUCACUCGGUCAGCAACAUCCUGGGCAUCCGCACCUUCAUGGAGCAGAGCGGCGCUCUGGCUGGGACAGAUGGCUCUGCCUACCCUCCCAAACUAGAAGACUGGCCAAGUGUGAACAGGACCACCUUCCCUGCUGCCGGGCAAGGUGUCAGCGCGCUUGACAAAUCAGCAGCGGAAGCAGACAUUAAAUACCCCCAGCCGCCUCCUGGGCUCUCAGCUGUCAGUACCUUCCUGUCCCCUUGCGCCUACCCGUCUUCAAACCAAGCAGUCUACGGCGGGCCGGGAGGAAGCUACCUGAGUCCGGCCCAUCAUCACUGGCAGACGCAAGGCAACCCCUUGGCUCAUCACCACGGGCCGGGCGUGGCCAUAUACGGGGGAGACCCGGCUCCCACAGUGGCCUUCAAACAUCCCACCCGAGAAGCUGUGGACAGAAAACAAGCCUCCAGCCCUGGGGGCAAAACCCCAGCAGACUCCCUGGCAGCCACCAUCCACGGACUUUCUGCCCCAGCCUCCUCAUCCUAGAAGGAGAAAGUGGCGGGAAAUGGCAUCUGAGGCAAAGGCAGCUUGGAGGGGGCCAAGAGCCUCAGCAACUCUUCCCCACUCCCCUGCAAAGCGAGGUUUGAGGAGAUGAGAAGCUGUGGCUCGUUGACAA